AGAUGUUCGAGAAAGUUUAAAAAAACAAGUGCGGGUUCCUGUUGCCGCUUUGUUGUGGCUUCUCUCUGGCCGCUAAAAGCUUGCAGAGUCGUGGCGAUUCUUUCGAUUUGUUCUGAGAAGUUGGCCAGAUGCGCCGUUGGAGUGUUUAUUCUGCUUAAUUGGAGGAUUGUCUUUGUGUAAUUUGCCAAUAACUAGGGUUUAAAGAUUCUCUAUGGCUACAUUCGGUGCUGCGCCGACUAACGCGAAUCCUAACCGUUCCGCUGAGGUGGUACAACCUCCCAGUGAUUCAGUCUCCAGCCUCUGUUUUAGUCCCAAGGCAAAUUUCCUGGUUGCUACUUCUUGGGAUAAUCAGGUGCGAUGUUGGGAGGUGAUGAAAUCAGGAACUAAUAUCAGUACUGUUCCAAAGGCAUCCAUAACACAUGAGCAACCGGUCUUGUGCUCUGCUUGGAAGGAUGAUGGGACAACUGUCUUUUCUGGGGGUUGUGACAAACAAGUGAAAAUGUGGCCAUUAUCAUCAGGUGGCCAACCUGUAACUGUAGCUAUGCAUGAUGCUCCUGUUAAAGAGCUUGCUUGGAUCCCUGAAAUGAAUCUCCUAGUAACAGGAAGCUGGGACAAGACUCUUAGGUAUUGGGAUCUAAGACAGCAGAAUCCUACUUGGGUACAGCAGCUUCCCGAGCGUUGCUAUGCACUCACUGUUAAGCAUCCUCUUAUGGUGGUUGGCACUGCUGAUCGAAACCUGAUAGUUUUCAACCUGCAGAAUCCUCAGAAUGAGUUCAAGAGAGUUGUGUCACCCUUGAAGUACCAGACAAGAUGUUUAGCGGCGUUCCCUGAUCAGCAAGGAUUCUUGGUUGGGUCAAUUGAGGGGAGGGUUGGAGUGCACCAUCUUGAUGAAUCACAAUCAAGCAAAAACUUCACCUUCAAAUGCCACAGAGAUGGGAAUGAGAUUUACUCUGUCAACUCAUUAAAUUUUCACCCUGUCCAUCACACUUUCGCCACUGCUGGAUCUGAUGGAGCAUUUCACUUUUGGGACAAAGAUAGCAAACAACGGCUUAAGGCAAUGUUGAGGUGCGGCCAGCCUAUUCCUUGCAGCACUUUCAACAAUGAUGGUUCAAUCUAUGCAUACUCGGUGUGUUACGAUUGGAGCAAGGGUGCUGAAAAUCACAAUCCGUCAGCUGCCAAGACGUAUAUAUACCUACACCUGCCACAGGAGGCUGAGGUCAAAGCCAAACCCCGGGCUGGAACUAGUGGCAGAAAGUGAAUCCUGCUUUUCGAUUUCAGAGAACAGAAACUAUAUAUUCUGUAUACAGUGCGCAAUUACAAUAGCAUCACAUCAUCGAUGAUAAGAUGAUGAUUGGUUGCUGUAAGGUAGGAUGGGAGUCUCAAUAUGGCAAUCUUUUGAUCCCAAGUAUAGUGUACGUCCAACUGCCAUGCAUAUGGUUGUGAUGUAAACAAUUAAGUCUUUUUUUUAUGCUGUCGUGAGUAGGAUUGAAUUUUAUUUAGAUUAGAGCAGCAGCCCAACCAUCUUCCCUACAUGAUUUGCCUUUCACAACCAUUCAGGGUAUGCUGCUUUUCAGUAUGCUUCAGUUCUAAGAUUGAUACAUGGAUUGGCUUGCAUUAAGUUUUGA